AUGAGCCGGCCCCCGGCUACGGGGAAAAUGCCCGGCGCCCCCGAGGCCGUGCCGGGGGACGGGGCGGGCGCGAGCCGCCAGAGGAAGCUGGAGGCGCUGAUCCGAGACCCUCGCUCACCCAUCAACGUGGAGAGCUUGCUGGAUGGCUUAAAUUCCUUGGUCCUUGAUUUGGAUUUUCCUGCUUUGAGAAAAAACAAGAAUAUAGAUAAUUUUUUAAAUAGAUAUGAGAAAAUUGUGAAAAAAAUCAGAGGUCUACAGAUGAAGGCAGAAGACUAUGAUGUUGUUAAAGUUAUUGGAAGAGGUGCUUUUGGUGAAGUGCAGCUGGUUCGUCAUAAGGCAUCACAGAAGGUUUAUGCUAUGAAGCUUCUUAGUAAGUUUGAAAUGAUAAAAAGAUCUGAUUCUGCUUUUUUCUGGGAAGAGAGAGAUAUUAUGGCCUUUGCCAACAGUCCCUGGGUGGUUCAGCUCUUUUGUGCUUUUCAAGAUGAUAAGUAUCUGUACAUGGUAAUGGAGUACAUGCCUGGUGGAGAUCUUGUAAACCUUAUGAGUAACUAUGAUGUACCUGAAAAAUGGGCCAAAUUUUAUACUGCUGAAGUUGUUCUUGCUCUGGAUGCCAUACACUCCAUGGGCUUAAUUCACAGAGAUGUAAAGCCUGACAACAUGCUCUUGGAUAAACAUGGACAUCUAAAGUUGGCAGAUUUUGGCACAUGUAUGAAGAUGGAUGAAACAGGCAUGGUGCACUGUGAUACAGCAGUUGGAACACCUGAUUAUAUUUCACCUGAGGUUCUCAAAUCACAAGGGGGUGAUGGUUACUAUGGGCGAGAAUGUGAUUGGUGGUCUGUGGGUGUUUUCCUUUUUGAGAUGCUGGUGGGGGAUACUCCAUUUUAUGCAGAUUCACUUGUAGGAACGUAUAGCAAAAUUAUGGAUCAUAAAAACUCACUAUGUUUCCCUGAAGAUGCAGAAAUUUCUAAACAUGCGAAGAAUCUCAUUUGUGCCUUCUUAACAGAUAGGGAGGUACGACUUGGGAGAAAUGGGGUAGAAGAAAUCAAACAGCAUCCUUUCUUUAAGAAUGAUCAAUGGAAUUGGGAUAACAUAAGAGAGACGGCAGCUCCUGUAGUACCUGAGCUCAGCAGUGACAUAGACAGCAGCAAUUUUGAUGACAUCGAAGAUGAUAAAGGAGAUGUAGAAACCUUCCCGAUUCCUAAAGCUUUUGUGGGAAAUCAGCUACCUUUUAUAGGAUUUACCUACUAUAGAGAAAAUUUGUUAUUAAGUGACUCUUCAUCUUGUAGAGAAAAUGGUUCAUUACAAUCAAGGAAAAAUGAAGAAAGCCAAGAGAUUCAGAAAAAAUUAUACACAUUAGAAGAACACCUUAGCACUGAAAUACAAGCCAAAGAGGAGCUAGAGCAAAAGUACAAAUCUGUUAAUACUCGCCUUGAGAAAGUAACAAAGGAACUAGAAGAAGAGAUUACUUUAAGGAAAAAUGUGGAAUCAGCAUUAAGACAAUUAGAAAGAGAAAAGGCACUUCUUCAACACAAAAAUGCAGAAUAUCAGCGGAAAGCUGAUCACGAAGCAGACAAGAAACGAAAUUUGGAAAAUGAUGUUAACAGUUUAAAGGAUCAACUUGAAGAUUUGAAAAAAAGAAAUCAGAACUCUCAAAUAUCCACUGAGAAAGUGAAUCAGCUCCAGAGACAACUGGAUGAAACCAAUGCUUUGCUGAGAACAGAAUCUGAUACUGCGGCCCGGUUAAGAAAAACCCAGGCAGAAAGUUCAAAACAGAUUCAGCAGCUGGAAUCUAACAAUAGAGAUCUUCAAGAUAAAAAUUGCCUGCUGGAGACUGCUAAGUUAAAACUUGAAAAGGAAUUUAUCAAUCUUCAGUCAGUUCUAGAAUCUGAAAGGAGGGACCGAACUCACGGAUCCGAGAUAAUUAAUGACUUACAAGGUAGAAUAUCUGGCCUAGAAGAAGAUUUAAAGAAUGGCAAAAUCUUAUUAGCAAAAGCAGAGAUGGAGAAGAGACAACUACAGGAGAGACUUACUGAUUUGGAAAAGGAAAAGAACAACAUGGAAAUAGAUAUGACAUACCAACUAAAAGUUAUACAGCAGAGCUUAGAACAAGAAGAAGCUGAGCAUAAGGCUACAAAAGCACGGCUGGCAGAUAAAAAUAAGAUUUAUGAAUCCAUUGAAGAAGCAAAAUCAGAAGCCAUGAAAGAAAUGGAGAAAAAGCUCUCAGAGGAAAGGAUGUUAAAGCAGAAAGUGGAGAACCUAUUGCUGGAAGCUGAGAAGAGAUGCUCUAUAUUUGACUGUGACCUCAAACAGUCACAGCAGAAAAUCAAUGAACUCCUUAAACAGAAAGAUGUGCUAAAUGAGGAUGUUAGAAAUUUGACAUUAAAAAUAGAGCAGGAAACUCAGAAGCGCUGCCUUACACAAAAUGACUUGAAGAUGCAAACACAGCAAGUUAACACACUAAAAAUGUCAGAAAAGCAGUUAAAACAAGAGAAUAAUCAUCUCAUGGAAAUGAAAAUGAGCUUGGAAAAGCAGAAUGCUGAACUUCGAAAAGAACGUCAAGAUGCAGAUGGGCAAAUGAAAGAACUUCAGGAUCAACUUGAAGCAGAGCAGUAUUUCUCAACCCUCUAUAAAACACAGGUGAGGGAACUUAAAGAAGAAUGUGAAGAAAAGACCAAACUUUGUAAAGAGUUACAACAGAAGAAACAGGACUUACAGGAAGAAAGGGACUCCUUGGCUGCUCAACUGGAGAUCACCUUGACCAAAGCAGAUUCAGAGCAGCUGGCUCGUUCAAUUGCUGAAGAGCAAUAUUCUGAUUUGGAAAAAGAGAAAAUCAUGAAGGAGCUUGAGAUCAAAGAGAUGAUGGCUAGACACAAACAGGAACUCACUGAAAAAGAUGCUACAAUUGCAUCUCUUGAAGAAACAAAUAGGACACUAACUAGUGAUGUUGCCAAUCUUGCAAAUGAGAAAGAAGAAUUAAAUAACAAAUUGAAAGAUGCCCAAGAACAGCUGUCACGGUUGAAAGAUGAGGAGAUCAGCGCAGCUGCUAUUAAAGCACAGUUUGAAAAGCAGCUGCUUACAGAGAGAACACUUAAAACUCAAGCUGUGAAUAAGUUGGCUGAGAUAAUGAAUCGAAAAGAACCUGUCAAGCGUGGUAGUGACACUGAUGUGCGGAGAAAAGAGAAAGAGAACAGAAAGCUACAUAUGGAGCUUAAAUCUGAACGUGAAAAAUUGACCCAGCAGAUGAUCAAGUAUCAGAAAGAACUGAAUGAAAUGCAGGCUCAAAUAGCCGAAGAGAGCCAGAUUCGAAUUGAACUGCAGAUGACACUGGACAGUAAAGAUAGUGACAUUGAGCAGCUGCGGUCACAGCUCCAGGCGUUGCAUAUCGGUCUGGAUAGUUCCAGUAUAGGCAGCGGACCAGGGGAUGCUGAGGCAGAUGAUGGAUUUCCCGAAUCAAGACUAGAAGGAUGGCUUUCAUUGCCUGUACGAAACAACACUAAAAAGUUUGGAUGGGUUAAAAAGUAUGUGAUUGUAAGCAGUAAGAAGAUUCUUUUCUAUGACAGUGAACAAGAUAAAGAACAAUCUAAUCCUUACAUGGUUUUAGAUAUAGACAAAUUAUUUCAUGUCCGACCAGUUACACAGACAGAUGUAUAUAGAGCAGAUGCUAAAGAAAUUCCAAGGAUAUUUCAGAUUCUGUAUGCCAAUGAAGGAGAAAGUAAGAAGGAACAAGAAUUUCCAGUGGAGCCAGUGGGAGAAAAAUCAAAUUAUAUUUGCCAUAAAGGACAUGAAUUUAUUCCUACUCUCUAUCAUUUCCCAACCAACUGUGAGGCUUGUAUGAAGCCACUGUGGCAUAUGUUUAAACCUCCUCCUGCUUUAGAGUGCCGGCGCUGCCAUAUUAAAUGUCAUAAAGAUCACAUGGACAAAAAGGAGGAGAUUAUAGCACCUUGCAAAGUUUACUAUGAUAUUUCGACGGCAAAGAAUCUAUUGUUGUUAGCAAAUUCUACAGAAGAGCAGCAGAAGUGGGUUAGUCGGUUGGUGAAAAAGAUCCCUAAAAAGCCUCCAGCUCCAGACCCUUUUGCACGGUCAUCUCCUAGAACUUCGAUGAAGAUACAACAAAACCAGUCUAUUAGACGGCCAAGUCGACAGCUUGCCCCAAACAAACCAAGCUAGCUGCCUUCUAUGAAUGCAGUCAUUAUUCAAGGUGAUCAUAUUCUUCCAGUUAAAACAAGACUGAAAUAUGAUGGCCCAAAAUUUCUUAAAAAGCUGUAUUUUCCUGAGAGACUGAUACUCAAACACACACAUACAUACAUACAUAUGUAUAUGUAUGUACACACACACACACACACACACACACACACACACAUAUGAACCAACAAUGAUUGGUUAAUAGAGCAAGAAUAGCAUAUGCAGCUCUUCGAAACUUGUUCCAUAAAGCUCUCUUGGCAGUCACUCACACUACAUUGCACAAAAGGACUGAGAAGAGUUAAAGUUUAAAGAAAUCAUCUUUUCAGCAUCAACAGAGAGAUUUCACCAGCACAUUUACCAGAAGAGUCUGGGAAUGGAUUCCACUACAGUGAUAGAGACUGCAUCUUUAAGAAGUGACCAUUAGACUGUGUGUGUGCAUGUAUAUGUGUGUGUCUCUCUCUCUAUGCACACACACACACACAAUAUACAUAGUACUGUAAUAACUGCAAGAGGGUUCUUCAAAUGCCCCAUUUUAUUUUUUUAUUCACAUUAAUCAGAUAUCAUAACUUACUGCAGUUGCAACUAUGCACUUGUAUAAAGCCAUAAUGUUGGAGUUUAUAUCACUCAUUUGUGUAUACCCCAUGGAAGCUGUGUGUUUGUGUUUAAGCAGUUACUGUAACAGGAAGUUUGACGUUAAUUAUAUCAAUUUCCUAAUGCUUCAUGAUAGGCAACUUUUCCCAUGUGAAUGCCUUAAUUUAAUUUUUUUGUCUCACCCUUUUCUGUAUUUUGAAAAAAAGUGUUUACCAGCUCUUAGGAUGCAAAUUCGCUUUGCAAAAGAAAAAUAGUGCACUAUUUUUACAUGUAAUACUUAUCAAUGUCAGCCUAUUUUGAUUGUAUAACAAUUUUUUUUUAAGUAUUGGUGAUAGAAACAAUAAUGGAUACUAUUGGAACUAAUAUAUCUUUUAUGUGUAUCUAUUACUCCCCCCACUCUUCUUACAGACCGCAGCAUUGGCGUGUGACUAUGAGAUGUUUUCUUGGCUUUGAAUUUGCCGGCUACCCUAGAUGUGUUUUUAUUUCUGGUAGAGACAUUUGUGACUGUUUUUACAUUUUCACACUCAAGAUUCUAAGAUUAUCUCAAAUAUAAAGAAAACUAAGACAUACUGUAGAUAUAUUUUAAAUAUUUAAAUGUGAUCCCUCAAACACAUAACUGUGUAUGGCAAUAUUUCAGGAUUGGGCUAAGAAAACUGGUAACUGGGAAGAAGUAGCCUCAGAGGCUCCUGAUUAUUUUUUAAAAUUAUGUUAAAAGUUAUAGGUUAUGCAGGACCAUUUCUGCUAGUUUUCUCAUUAUCCCAGAAAAAUGUGUUUUAUAUUGCUACAUUAUGCAUUAAUGAUAAGCAUCAAGUUUAAAAAAAUUAGUCUUUUAUCAGUCUCUUUAUGUACAUACACAUACACAGGGUUUGGUGUGAUAUUGAAAUACAUCAUCUAAUAUUUUGAUGAAGGAAGUAGACAUUUUUCAUUGAUUCCCUCUGGGGUCAGUGUAGAAAUGUUUAAAGAGUUAGACCCCCAAAAUACAGAUACUGUUGUGAAACUGAAGAGUGGCCUCUGGCCUACUGAUGUACUAAAACUGAAUCUUGUUAUUCUUUCAUUACCGCGCCUGCGCUCUUCCAUGCUGUCUGUGCUAAGACCAGAGACGCAUGCCAUUUCCCUCACAGGGAUAUUCUGCAGUUCUGGUUUGAGGGCACAGCGUUUUUUUUUUUUGUUUUGUUUUGUUUUUGUUUUUAAGUAAGAUUUUAAAAUGAAAAAUAUAUAAAAUUUAUAUAGAAUAAAUAUUUCCAUUCAUUAGACUUGUUAAAAGGAGACUGAAUUAAUAUUUUAUAUGAAGAUUUUGUUACACUAUGGGAGGUUCUAUCAUAUUAUUCUGAAUUGGAGAGUAUAUAUAUAUAUAUAUAUAUAUAUUUUUAAUAAACUUUAUUAAGGUGAAAUAAUUUGAAGUUUACACAUGAGUAAUUGAAAUAUUUGAGUAAAAAUGGCAAAAGUUAAAUUUUGAAUGCUGUAUAUAUUAGAGAAUACGGAGAAUCAUGGUGUGGUGCAACUCUACAAGGAAAAUUAAUGUGAGGUUUUUUGGGGAAAAAAAGGUAUUCUAGGGGGUGAAAAAAAUCUCUCCCAUGGAGAUUCUUCACAUUAUAUGGUUUAACGUAAGGGUUUCUAAGGUGGUUUCUCCCGCUAAUGGAAAUGCGCUUAAUAAAAAUUCUGACCCUGGGUAAGAAUUUACUUUUUACCCUGUUGCUGGUUUCAUGUACAUACAUGAAUACAUACACCCAUCCAAAUGUUCUCUUCCCAACACUCCCAACACUUGCCUUGGUUUAACAACCUGAUUUUGUGCCAGCUUCUCUUUUUCUUGAGGCUUCAAAGGUUCCCAGAUAAAAGACCAAAAGUUGCUUUAUUUCUUCACACCUGAUUUCUCCUAGCGCCAUAAAUACCUCCUAUUGAGAACUAAGAAGUAGUGAAUACUGGGAUUUUCUUAGUUGGAUUUUUUACUUUUGUUUAGUGGGGAUAGCGAGACAGAAGUAGAAGGAAAACUAGUGCCGGUAUUACUGUUAAAAAUUAUAGUGAAUUUUUGAAAAGUAUUAAAAUAUGCUAUCUAGAAGCAAGAUUUUUAAAAAAAAAUCUAUCAAAAAUUUUAAAUGCCUUUAGCUAACUAAAGGAUACCAAGAAAUCUAAAAUAAGGUUAGUGUUUUUAAAACUUAACGUAGGCUAGAGUCACAAAUCUGGCUCUGAAGGAUGUCUUUUGUAUCAAUUUAUCUGUAGUUCCUCAAAAAGAAGUACUCUGGGUUGCCAAACCAUAGUUUAAGAAGUUUUGCUGCUGUUGUUAAUCUAUUCUUACAGGAUUCUCGUGGUAAAAUAGAGAAGCUUAGACACUAUAUUACCUUCCUGAAACAUGCUUUAAAUAACAUGUUUAAUAUUCUAUGAGAGCAAAUCACUUCUGAGUUUCUCGGUCUGCUACUGACUCACGUCUCCUCCCCUGGAAGAAGGCUGCAGUUUCCAUCUGGCGUGAAGAUAAGCAUAGUUGACUCAUAAAGCACUUUGAAAAGAGGCACUGUAUGACAGUGCUGGGUAUUAUGCUUGGGGGACUGUCCUCGAUUCCCUUCCCCAUAAUAAUGAGUUUUGUUUGGAAUUGUAAUAAGUUAUGAACUGCAUGGUUUAGAUAAUCAUAAAUAUUUGAUCAGCUCUCCCCUUUGAACAGAAAUCGUACCCCCUGAUUUUUAAAAAAUUUUUGUUGCAUCUUUGUAGUAAUGUAAUUGUAUUUUAUGCCUGCUUUUUAUAUUAAAAAAUUAAAUAAAAGAAAUUAAGA